CGCCUGCGCACUGAGGCAGGAGCACACAAGCGAAGGGAGCGAACUUCACAAGGCCGCUCAUUUAGGAGUUAGGUGGGCUGGAGGGCUACGUAGAGUCCAAGAAGUGUGUCGAAGUGUGGCAUGUUCCCCCGUCUCUUGUGAGGACCUCCCUGCGGUGACACGCGCCAUCGUUAUUAUUCCACGCACAGCUCCACCAUCAUCUUCAUAAAACACUAUUCAAACAGAAGCAAAAAUGUAUCAUCAACCACCACCAAAUGUUGACUCAACUGCCUCAAUUGAGGGUAUGCCUGGAGCUCUGCCAUCCAAAACGCCUGUGUCACUUCUUCAGGAGUUAUGUAUGCGACGAGGAAUCUCUCCAAAAUAUGACUUGCUGCAGAUAGAGGGUGCUGUACAUGAACCAACUUUUGUCUACAGAGUCACGGUUGGAGAGUUUGCUGCUAAUGGAUCAGGGCAGAGUAAGAAGAAAGCUAAACAUGCUGCAGCAAAAGCAGUACUGGACAUAAUUAUUCAGGGUGGCGCUGCUGGAGCUGGUGGACCUACAGCUGGUGGAGCGCCUGGGGCACCACCUGAGCUAUCCACUCAGAUUGUCUCACCAUAUGAUGAUGGUAUCCCAGGGAACCCAGUUGGAUCCUUGCAGGAGCUGUGCAUGGCGCGUCGGUGGCCCCCUCCCACUUAUGAUCUUACCUCGGAGGAGGGUUUCCCUCAUGAGCGAACUUUCUCCAUUGCUUGCACCAUCGGCAAUACAAAAGAAAUUGGUACAGGUAAAAGUAAGAAGCUUGCAAAGCGACAGGCAGCAUACAAGAUGACACAGCGGUUGAAGGACCAACCCGUAGAGCAACCCCAAGUUAACAUGUUAGCUGACGACGACGAUGAG